UGAGCUACAACUUGUGACCAUCGUAGCGAUUGUCAAUCCAAAUUCAGGUUUAUUCAGAUCUGCUUCCUGGUUUAAACCUAAAAAUGCCCAGCACUCGCUCCCAGAAUCAGCCCACCAUUCAGUUCCCCCGAAGGAAGUCUUCCAGAUUGGGUUCUCGCCCUAAAAACUCCUCUGAGAAUGCAGUGGACGUCCAGGCCAUUCCUCUGUCCCCUAGAAAGUCGCUUGCUGUCUGUUUGUCUCCAGGGAACUCGGUGUUGAAAAACACCUCUUCGUCUGAGAGGCUGCCUUUGAGCCCCCGCAAACGUACAGGUGACGAGAACGGCUGUAACCUCCCGCCGUCUAUGCUUGGCUCACCUCCGAAGCAGCGCUGUGCACCUCUGUGCUCCCCUCGCAAACUGUCCUUUAAUGAGAACACACCGGUCCUCUCCUCACCUCCUCGUCCCACACCGUCGUCACCCAAAAUUCCCCUGUCUCCUGUUUCACGUCCAUCGCCAAAACGGCUGCAAGAAACCCCCUGCACAAACCCGAUCCCCCGAACAGAGGGAAAGCUCCCUGUUACCCGACUCUUUCCUGUAAAAAAAUCGGGCUAUCAGAGUAUAAAGCAGGCUCUUCACACUGCAGUCCCUGAACGUCUUCUCUCUCGUGAGGCAGAGAGAGCUGCCAUUGUCUCCUUCCUGGAGAACCAUGUGGUGGCAGAGAAACCCUCCAGCCUCUAUAUCUCUGGCGCUCCUGGCACAGGCAAGACCGCCUGUCUGAACUGUGUCCUCCAAGAACAAAAGGCUCUGUUGAAAGGGGUUCAGACUGUGCUCAUCAACUGUAUGAACCUGCGGAGCUCACAUGCCAUCUUUCCAUUGCUGGGAGAGAGAUUGGGGGUUCCAAAGGGCAACAGCGAGGCUCGGCUGGAGAAACUCCUGACCAGCUCUGGGCCCACUGUCCUGUUGGUUCUGGAUGAGAUGGACCAGUUGGACAGCAAGUCUCAGGAGGUUCUCUACACCAUCUUUGAGUGGCCUUACCUGCCCAACUCUCGGGUUUGUCUCAUUGGUAUUGCUAAUGCAUUGGACCUGACGGACCGUAUUCUGCCCAGACUGCAGGCCAAGCCACACUGCCGACCCAAACUGCUCAACUUUCCUCCCUACAGUCGUGAGGAGCUUAAUGCCAUUGUUCAAGACCGGCUCACACAAGUAUCAGGUGAAGGCGUUCUGGAUUCAGCGGCAGUUCAGUUCUGUGCAAGAAAAGUGUCAGCUGUGUCAGGAGAUGCCCGCAAAGCACUUGACAUAUGCAGGAGGGCCGUGGAGAUCGUGGAAGCAGCUGACAGGUCCAAAAUGGCUUCUGAACCUGCAGCCGGCCCUAAAGUGUCACGGGUGAGCGUUCCUCAGGUGGCACGGGUUUUGACUGAGGUGUACGGUGACCGCAUGGCAUCCAGUAGCGGGGAUGGCGAGAGCUUCCCUUUGCAGCAGAAACUUCUGGUCUGCUGUAUGCUUCUAAUCGUCCGUAACGGCAAGAGCAAAGAGGUCCAGUUGGGCAAGCUGUGUGAGGUGUACAGUAAGCUGUGUAAGCAGAGGCAGGUGGGAGGAGUCGGACAGACCGAGUGUUUGUCUCUCUGCAGUCUGCUGGAGAGCAGAGGAAUCUUCACACUCAAAAAGGCCAAGGAGGCACGAUUAACUAAAAUCUCCCUGAAGAUUGAAGAGCGAGACGUGGAGAAUGCUUUGAAGGAUCGAACUCUCCUUGGAAGCAUAUUAGCGGCUGGUCUCCCAUAGAUUCCAUGAGAUUUUAACUUUUUUUUUUUAAUUUAAUUUUUUAUUCAUUUUACUUCUUCCCCUCAUUUAUGUAUUUUAUAUUGCUUAGAUGUGAAAGUCUUGUUUAAAAUGAAAUGUGCUGUUUUAUAGAGUGAUGAUUGGAUCCAAAAGGGUUGAUUUCUCCAUUAUGUUUGUGUCAAACAUUUGCCUGCCUUUUUAAGUUUAUGGAUGUUUUUUAAUAUAUACAUUCUUAGAUUGGCAUAAACUCUUCCAAAUCAAAA